AUUGUUAUCCAGAGCCCAAGCCAACCACAUCAGCCCAGGGGAAGCUACAGAGAAAAUUUCCAGUUUGUUGCAAAAAAAAAAUUCUAAAGAAGAAAUCGUCAUGGAAUCCAUUUUGAUGCUCAUCUGUGUGCUGGUGGAUAUUCUGUUCCAAGUGAAUGCGGUCAACUGCUCGAUGAAAAGGAGUAGGAGCACCGAGGUAUUACUCUACUGUGGUGCGAACGGGUGCUGUGCCAAGGGCUGUAUGAAGAACGCAAAGGGAAAGUGCGUCGUGGAGGAGUGCACCGGCAGCCUGACUGGAUGGCUGCGCCGUCCCGUGACCAUAUCCUGCUACUUCCAUUGGUUCCUGAUCCUGUCCGCCGGCCUAUUCACCGCCAUAAUGGCAGUGCUGGUACUCUACUCGCUGGGGCUUAAGGUGCGAAAUUGCUGGCGCCAACGAUUCAGCACCCGUUACAGGCCCAUCAGGAACGUCAGUGGCGUCUCCAGCGCCUCCACUCCGUGCUAAGCACACAUGCGUGCCCCAGGAAAAAGAAGCUGCAUAAACAGAGGAAGGGAGUGGCUAAGGGAUUUGGCCUAAGCUACAAUACAUUAGCGGUAGCUUUGCUCUGGCUUCCAAUUCAAUUCUUUGGGUAUCUCGUGCGAAAUCCAUGUAAAUUACGAUUCGGCACCUCGCAAAUCCUAUUAGUAGUUAAAACCUGAUUAGGAAAUACUUGCGGCUGUGAUCCCUGUGCUCCUCCUGGGCUACCCUUUCCGGGGUUCGUUAAAAACAAAUAAUAAUAAAUGGCUCACAUGUGAAAUGCUUUGUGGCAUGCCUGCC